AUGAUCUUCCUACAACUCUGGUGGGCACUGAUGGUGUUCAGUGGCUCGGGAUCCUCGCAGCAGAUGCAGAACGCAGAGGAAAAGCCCCCAGUGGAGGGCAGCGACAAGUUGCUCAGCUUCAGCCGGGCGGUGGAGCAGGCUCGUCCCGAGUUGCAGGAGCUGAAGGCUUCCUACGGCGGUCUGCAGGAACAGGAUAACCAGAAGCUGCAACCGCGGGACCGGCGCAACUCCAUCGAUGACAUGCUGGCCAACUUUGCCCAGGUCCAAGACGGCGAAUCCAAGGCGACCUCCGCGGAUGAGGAGCGUGUGCUGCAGGAGGCGGCAGAUGCUUGGUUCCGCGACAUCCAGGCCAGCAUGUCCAGGGGCAGUGCCAACCAGAAGCGAUCUGGCGGCGGCAAACAGGAGCGAUCGGUGGCCAAGAAUGUGAUCGACCAGCAUACCAAGGCCCUGGAACGCACCGAAAUGGGCAAGGUAAAGCUGAAGUACAAGGAGAUGCCCGAUGACACGAUCGUUCGCAAGUACCAGGUGACUAAGCCUCCCGAGCGUCCGCAGGACGGUGGACUCACCCACCUGGACAUCAAGCUGAAGCAGGUCCAGCAGAUGCUCAGCGAUCAGGAGGGUCUGGAGGCCAAGAAGCGGGAGAAGUCGAAGGAUGUGCACAAGAAGGUCGACGAGUCGGGUUGGGUGGACAAAUUACCCGAGUUCGGUGAUAAUCCCAUUCCGGAUGGGAUCUACGAAAGCACGCUCAACCGCCUGGCCUUUCCCCAUGCCACCGCCAAUAAGCUGGCCCACGAGGCCAACUACAAGCUCUCCAAGAUCGAGCAGGAGGCCUCCGAGAAGGCCACCAAGUACUCCAGACCCGAAAGCACUCCCCUUAGGCCGAUCAAACGCAGCUCGUGCAGCGGUUUCAAUCCCAUGAACGAAAUAAAGCUCAAGACCAGCAGUCGGCUGAUGCUCAAGGGCCUGGGUCCCUCGCUGCCCAGCAACGCCCUGAUGGACAUCCAUCGCAACCAGAUGGUGGACAACAUGCUGCGGCGGAGGGAACUGGAGGACCAACAGCAGCAGCAGCAGAAGUUCGAAUCGAGUCAGGGUACCGAUGAAGAGGAUAUGCCGAUGGGAAUAAAUGGGAACUUGGAGUACCUGCAGCAGCCCAGCAAUCCCAUCAUCGAGGCCAAUCCCAUGAUGGAGCUGCCCCAGAGUUACGACUAUCGAGUGCCCCAGUACGAUCGCUUUCAUCCGCUGAGCCAGCGGCAGAUGACCAAUGUCCGCGAUUACGAGAGGAGCAAUCGCAUGCCCCUCGAUUUGGAUCGCUUCAAGAGGGAACCGCAGGAUGAGUCUAUUUUGGAGCCUUUGAAGACUGAGGAUCAGAACAUUUCCGACCACGAGAUGGCCGUAAAGCUGGGGAUAUUGGACAUCAAGGAAGGCAAUGCCAUACAUUCCGUCGGAGAGCAUGAAGCCAAGGAGAAGGACUCCGACGACGAGAAUAAAUUGGAGGACUUGCACGACGAAGUCAAACUGGAGGAGGAUGCUUUGGUUAAACCGGAAGAUAAGCUUGAUCCUGGGGUAUCGUCCAUGGAAGGAGGCUUGGGAGAUAAAUCUGAGGCUGAAGUGGAGUCUAAGGUUUUGGGGCCAGUUAAGAGGGAGAUUAAGCCUUCCAUUAAAAUGGAGGCCUCACUAAAAGACGACACUACAUCUGCUAUGGAGCCUAAAUUAAAGCCAGAGUCGCCUUCAAAAAGGGAGUUGCCUCUCACUUUGGACACCAGUGAACUCCAUUCAAAGGUCGACGCUGAAAUGGCUCCUAGCUUCAAAGCUCAUGAUACCCUGGAGAAACGUGAUAGUCCCGAAACACCCGAUAACCCAGACAAUCAUGAUAGCAGCGCCGAUUGCGAUGCGGAGUGCAAAUCAGAGGAUGUGGAAAAGACAGAAGAUGACGGCAUUGUCAAGGUCAACAUAAAGUUGAAGCUUCAGGAGCCGGCGGAGGAGAAGCCGGAGUGCGAGGACUGCGAUAAGCUGGAGCCCAAGGAGGCAGCUGCGGCGGCAUCUGUUCCAAAGGUAAAUCCCGAUGCGGUGGUCAAGUUGCUGGCCAAUGAGUUGUCCCUGGACAAGGAGCGCGGAAAAAGGCAAACAAGGCUUCGCAGACUUCGCAGGCAGAACCACAGAGCCAAAAGAUCGUUGGAGGAUAAUGAAAAGGAUUUGCAGAAGCAGCCAGAAGAAGAUCAGAGGUCACAGGGUGAUCAACAUGUGGUGGCCAAACGCUUGGUCCAUCUGCUAGACGAUUUCGAAGACCACAAUGGCAAUCGUGUUGCUUUCGGGAACUUGGGUAAUGGCAUGCAUGAAUCACUGGCACACUUUGAGGAUCUGGAUUCGCUGGCAAAUAUCUACGAUCCCACCAAGGAAGUGGUGCCCAUGAUAAAUCAGCGACAACAGCAGCAAGUGCUAUUUCCACAGCAGCAACAGAUGCAACAGCAGCAAUCGCCGCCACUUCAAGCAGCCCAGCAACUGGAGCAAAAUCAACAGCAGCCACAACAAGACCUUAAUCGUCAGCGUCACCAGUCAUCCAGCAAUUUCCAGGCUAGCUUCAAUUUAACUCACUUCUUUAAUGAGUUGCAAAAGCUGCAGAAUAUAAAAACACCGCAGCAGCAGCAGCAACAGCAGCAACCAUUGCCGGUACAACAGCAAUACAUGCCGCAACAGCAGCCAUUGCAGCAGACACUGCAAAUGCCGCAACAGCAAUUGCCCAUGCAACGAGUUAACCAGCAAUUGCCCAUCAAGCCGGUGUCGCCACCGAUAAAAUCCUUUGGUGUCCAUCGGUACUUCGGACCCUUCUUCAACAAGCAACUAAAGAACGAUCCUUACUUAGCCGUGAUGGCAACCUCGACGACCAUAGAUCCCAGAUGUGUGUCCAUAACUAACACCCAAGUCACUCCCCCGGCUGGAAAUGUAUCUACAGCUGCGACCUUGCCUCCGAACUGCACAACUUCGACGGGAUCUUCCAAUCCAGUGGCAACCACAUCAGCCCCACCUGCCCCCAGUCACACGGAGAAUGUUUGCAAUGCCCCGGAUGCCAUGAAACUCAACGUCUCCAUCAAUGCCAAUGUGUGCGGGGACCCAAAAACCAAACAGUUCUACGGCAAUGGAUCUAUUAGUCUGCUGCCUGCCUAUCAAAGAUUCCGUCCAGCAUCCAAUUCCGAUAUCCAGGAUGUUCAACUUCAUAACCCGGAUGAUCCUAAGGCCAGGGACGAAAGACGUAUUCGCGAGGUGGGGGAAGAGUCCAAGGAUAAUCGUGAGGAUGAGAAGACAAAGAAGCAGGAGGGUCAUUUGAAAAGGCCUAGCAUUAAGUGGACCAGAAAGAACCAGUCGAAAACGACUGCCCAGCAAGCAGAAAAAGUUAAGCCAAAAGUAACUUCGAAUAUAGCGCCCAAAGAAGUUACUAAGGUAGACUCAAACGAACCAUUCAAAAUUGCUGGAAAAUGCCACCGACCCCGGAUAGAUACACCCGAGUCCCGAUCGGAUAGUUACGACAAACUGAUCACGGGCAAGAUGUCCGAGGACAUUGUGUCAGCCGUUUUCGAGGCGGUGGGCAAUGAUCCCGGCAUGGAUCGCCUGCUGGCCGUUCUGGAGAGGAAUCGCAAGUGUGCGCAUCAGCAGCCCAAGAACUUCUACCAGAUUCGCAACGACAAGACCGAGAAUUAUCUCUAUCACACCGAGACCAUGGUGCGCGACACGAUGGAGGCCAUUAGCAAUAUAAUUGACCAACAGGUGCGCAGACGAGCCUGCAUUCCACUGCGUCCUGAUCUGCAGGAGUUCUAUGACCUGAUCCUGAAGACAUCCAGCGAGGAGCAGAAGUGUCGCGAAAAGAGGCAGAGCUCUCUGCGCGUCCUGGCCGAGGAUUUUAGCCAGGAUGUGCGCCUGCUCGAUCCGAGUAAGAUCAACCAAAAGUCCCGGAUCGUCAAGAAGCUGUUGCGUCAGUACGAGGAUCUGCCCAUGGAGGACCAACAGGCGGCUGUUGGAGUGCGCGACGAGCUGCUCUUGGAUCUGGUUUACCUCAGGAAGAUGGCCGAUUCGGCGGAGCGUCAUCAGCGGAAUGCCCGCUUGCAAGAGGUCCUCAAGCAGACGAGCCUGGAUGAAGGACUCGAGAAGCGCAUGUCCAGCGAGUACUCGCCGCGCUUCAUAAAACUCCUGAAGACUGCGGAGCUUUUCAAGGAGGCGGGCGAACAGCAGGCCAGGGCUUUUGUGGGUAUUUAAUUUACAGAAUUUUUAACGGCUUUUGUAUCUAUUGUUGUU